AUGGCUACCACUGUCAUCUUCGGUGCAGACCCCGGUGGCGUGGCCGGCUUACGAUCUGCCCUCUUCGUACCUCAGCUUGCAAACGUUGCUUCAGCAUCGGCCACGUAUCCGGCCCUUCACCUUCUCUCACUUCCGCAAGAAGUUCGUGACAGAGUCUUCCAGAAUGUGGAGAUCUCUGCCGAUGACGGUCCUGAAGAACCGCUCACAAGCCAUGGGUUCGGUGGUCUGGAAAGUUUGCCUGCAGUUUGUCGACAGUUGUUCCACAACACAGCAAAUGACCGACAUCAAUUCAUUGUCAAGGUCCCACACAACAGACUGCAGCUUUUUGUCGAUCAAGCCCUGAAGAACGGAGCAGCCUAUAAGAACAUGAAGAGCCUAACGCUAGAGCUACCGCACAACAGUCCAAGCCAGUUUUUCAGGGACAUAGCUACUAUCCUUCAUCAUUCGAAAGACACGCUUGAACAGCUGAAGAUCUUUGGCGUUGGCCCGGACGGCUAUGGUGCUCAGACGAGCUCGUUGGCACACCCUUGCGGGAAAGUCGACACUUCCAUCCGAUCAGGAACCCUCAAUCUUACUCUGGACGGACAGGAGUAUCAGAAACGCAUCAAAAUGAUCAACCAACUACAAUUCUUGGGCAAAAUCAAGGUUUUGGUCCUAGACAACUUGAACAUGCCGGUCACUCAAGCACAGGUGUUGAAAAACAAGCCGGACCUUCAGCGCCUCCGAAUUGGCACAGAUCCUCGAUCAGUCCUUCACAAUAGGUACAUGAUGCCAGGGCAAAAUUUGGGGCUCAAUAAUCUGAUUCACCCGAUAACCCAAGCCCCGCCCCAGCUCAGGGAACUUGACAUCGCCUCGAACAGUGUGGUCAUAUUGGUGCAUGUUUUCAAGGUGGUCCUGCCAACUCUGGAGAUCCUGAAUUGGAACAUCUCAGACUUUGCCGCUCAGCAUGGCAACAACUUCCUUCAGAUGGGCAUGAAUGUCCUUUCUCGACUUGCAGAAGCUAAGAAGUUGCGAGUCCUGAGACUCUGUAUUCACAGUGCAAUGUAUGACCACGUCAACGAUAUGGCCACUUUCAUGUACAUGUUGAGAACAAGCAUUCAACGCGUCCCAUCCCUCAAGGUGAUCGAGUUACAUAUCCAUUCGAAAGCGCGGUGGUAUGCUCAAGAAAUCAUCAGCGAUCUUCCGAAAUCGGUUGAGAGAGUGUAUCUCGCUGAUCACUUUAUCCACAAAGACAUCCCACAACUUACAGACCUCAUGGGAACUCUCACCAACACGUGGACCCAGGAUUACUCAAAUGGAUGGAACCUUCUUGGCGAGGAUCUCAGCAGGAAAGAUUUUAUUCCCUUCUCCGACAAGAACCUGGGAUUUGUGAGUUACGAAUACGAUCAUCAAGAUGGAGAGCAGUUCAGAGACAAUGUGGCCAACUUCAUGAGGGUGAAUGCCCGCAUGCUGGACAAGGAACUCAACAGACAUCUGGCUAAAUACAACGGGAAACAUAUUCCAGUCAAAACAGCUGCUAAGCCACAUGUGACGGUCUUUGAUCCCCUUGUCAGUGACAUGCUUCCACGAUCCAGGGCAGAAGUCGAAGCAAAUCGCAAGGAACUGACACGAUGUGGUCUCUACAACAACAAGCCUUACUUUGGCAAUGAAGACAGGGCAGAAAAGGUUUUCCUUGCAGAGCCAGUUGCCACGGCCUCUGAACGAUCUCACUAUUCUCUCCCAACGAUUUGGGAUGUUGAGAACCCAUUCUGUGCCGCCAGUCACUGGAUAAGCACCUGA